AUGGCUGAAGCGUUUGGCGAGGACGAAAGAUUAAACUUCAUGAAAGAGUUUGUCCUGAGAUUUCUCAGACUGAAAGCGGACAAAUGGCAGAAAUGCUUGUCAGUCAAGGACAAUUUGCAGCUGAUGCUGGACUCUUUGGAAAAGCCGGAACAGAAAACUUUGGUUCUGUCUCUGAAGUCUUCCGGGGACCUGGAGCCUACGACUGGAUUCCAAAGAAAAUUCAAAAGUAAAUCUAUUUAUAUGACGAAACGCAAGAAAACGGCUGUGAGUGCAGACUCUAUGAGAACCAACCUGCUGUUCGGAGAGAUGCCUCCCGACCCGACGGCCCAGUUUUCUGUCGUUCUUCAGCAGAUUGUGGCCCCGCUGCUGUCCAACAGAAGCAACCAAACUGACUGGCCACAGACGGUGUCUCAGGACAUCAUGCGCAGCGUUGACUUACUCAAAUCUAAAGCGGUUGUGGUGUCAGGACAAGUCAAGGGCAAGACUGUGCUGCCUAUUCCUCCAGCCUUGGAGAGAAUGGAGGAAGCUGCCCUGGAGAGAAAUGAAAGGGGUGAAAUACUAGAUUGGAGCAUUAUCCACUCCUUUGAGUCAGCAGUGAUUGAGUGGAGCCAUCAGAUCCGCGCCGUCCUCAGGAAAGACUCCAGUGAGGCUCUGCAGAGAGGCAUAAACCCGACACCACACACAGAGCUGCUCUUCUGGGACAACAGAUACUCGGACCUGGAGGGCAUCCGCUCGCAGCUGCAGUCCGCUCAGGUGAAAAAGAUGGUGAUGCUGUUGGAGGAAGUGGAGAGCAGCUAUUUCCCUGCUUUUACUAACAUGCUACAGCAAGUCGUUGCAGCCUUGGAGGAAGCAGAGGAUAUCUCCACUUACUUGAAGCCUCUGCGGAGUUUGUUUGAGACGAUGGAGAGCGAAGACUUUCCUGAAGUCAGAGGUCAGAUCUUCCCUUUGAUGCACUGUGUGUGUUUGGUGUGGGCAAAUUCAAGAUUCUACAACACCCCAGUACGUCUCGUCAUUCUGCUACAGGAGACCUGUAAUCUCCUCAUACAGCAGGCCACAGUCUAUCUAAAUCCAGAUGAGGUUCUGAAAAGGGAGGCUCCAGAAAGUCUUCUGAAGGUCGAAACAAGUCUGGAGAUCCUGCACCUCUUCAAGGACACCUACAAGGAAAGACAGGCCAAUAUGCACCAGUACCAGACGGGCAAGAACAUGUUGAGGCCUUGGGACUUUUCCCCAGCUUUGAUCUUCUCUCGACUAGACCAGUUUAUAAACAGAGUCAAAACCAUUCAGGACAUACUGGUGACGACUGUGGAGAUGAUGAAACUUGAGAAAUUGGUAACUGGAGGCAUUCGAGGCCGAGGCCUCUGUCAACAGAUCCAAAUGCUCCACAAAGCCUUCCAGGACACCUACAGAUAUUCCACAGAGAAGCCGUAUAACUGCUUGGACCUCAGCAGCCAGGAGUUUGAAGAAGCUGUGAGAGAGUUCAACUUGAAGGUGGAUGACAUCGACCUGCAACUGGGAGCCAUCUUUUGUCAGUCCUUUGAUGAGGCCUCCAGACCUGAAUAUGCCUUCAAGGUUGUGGAUAUGUUUGACAGCUUGCUCCAGCGCCCCCUAGUGGCUGCAAUUGCUUGCAGCAGAUGCCCCCUUCUUGUCUCCAUGUUUGAGAAAGAGUUGGACUGCUGUAAAUGCAUCUACAUCAAACACAUCAAACCUGGAAAGACACUUGAUUCAGUGACUAAGAAUACGCCACCAGUAUCUGGUGAGCUGAAAUGGGCCCAGCAGCUACAGGAGCGCAUCCAGACCCCAUUCUCUAAAUUCAGACACAUCUCCUCCCAAUGCCUGGAAUCUGCAGAAGGCGUCAGGGUCAUCCGGAAAUAUGAGGACAUGAUGCAACUUUUGGACAGAUACAGCACCAGGAUGUAUGAGGGUUGGGCUGAGAGUGUAACAGAGUCUUCUCAAUACAACCUGAACAUGCCAUUAAUCAUCAGAGACAACUCCACUCAUCUCAUCUCAGUCAACUUCAGCCCUCAGCUGACGUCUGUGCUGAGUGAAAUUAAAUACUUGGGGGACCUACAGAUUGAGACCAUUCCUGAUGCAGCAAUGCAAAUCUACACCAACAGGGAGCAGCUGAGGCAGUAUGUGGCCAGUCUGGAGCUCACUGUGACCCAAUACAACAAGGUGAUGCUCUCUGUGCUCAGUGUGGAGCUUCCUCUGAUUCAGGGCCAGCUCAGGGAUAUCGAUGCCCAACUCAGAAAUGCAGAGGAAAACCUGAACUGGAACAGCCAAGGUUUAUGGCAGUAUAUCCAGGACACACGUGACUCUGUCUGUGACCUGGAGAGCCGACUCCAGAGGACACAAGACAAUGUGAAAGAGCUUCAGCACUACAUGCAGGCCUGGGCCGUCCCCAUUUUCAGUCGAAAAGAAGGCAAAAAUGACACACUGCUCAGUCUGGAGGACAGGACUGAGAGAUUGGACAAGGUUUACAGUUUGAUACGGUCUUCAGGAGAAAAGAUCCACUUUCUACUUAAGAGCAAUCUGGAGCUGUUCAGAGCUGAGCCGUCCUCUGAGGAGUGGAGAGUCUAUGUGGAGUACAUCGACAACAUGAUCAAAGAUGGCUUCUUGAGCAGCAUCAAGUGCUCCCUCAAGUUCUUUCUGGAUAACACGGACCAGAGAAUGGCUUUGGCUCCUCUGUUUGAGUCUCAGCUAGAUCUGAGUGUCCCUGACAUGGUGUUCAGUCCACCUUUGGAGAUUGGAGCAACAGGCAGUUUGUUUGACCUGGUGGAAAGCCUCACCACUGAUGUGUUCAGAAUCACCUUGCUCGUGCCGCGCCUCGCCCAGCACAGCCCCUUCCCCCACUACCAGCAUGAUAUGGAGGACAUUGCUGACCUGGCAGAAAUGCGUGUUCUCCUCAUGGAACGCGUGAAAAGCGUCAUGGCAACAUGCUGUGAAUUUCGUAACUCUCUUGAGCGCUACAGCUACCUUUAUGUGGAUGAUCAGAAAGAAUUUAUGCGUCGGUUCCUUUUGUAUGGCGAUGAUAUCCAGGAGAUGGAAAUAUAUGCUGACAGUGGCAUCCCAGAGAGCCCGCCAACGUUGGACAACUUCAGGGAGCAGGUGGACAGGUAUGAGACGAUUUACAAGGAGGUGCAGAAGCUGGUGCCAGUGCAGGUGUUUCAUGGGUGGAUGAGGGUAGACGGUCGAACGAUGAAGAGCGCCUUGCUCAACAUCAUUAAAAAAUGGAGUCUGAUGUUCAAACAACACCUUGUCGAUCAUGUAACCAACAGUCUCUCAGAUCUGGAGAAGUUCAUCAGUGUGACUCAGUCUGGUUUAGGCAAGCAGAUGGAGGAGCUUGACUACAGCAGUCUGGUGGAGGUCUUGGGUCACCUGCUAGCUGUUAAGGAGCGACAAAAUGAAACUGAUGUCAUGUUUGAGUCUCUUCACCAAACCAUCGAUUUGCUGAAGGACUAUGAGCAGGAGCUCCCACAUGUGGUGUACCAACAGUUAGAGGAGUUGCCACAAAAAUGGAAAAAUUUGACAAAGGAGGUGAUGGUGGUCAAGCAGCAGGUGGCGCCAUUGCAGGCCAUUGAGUUGGCCAACCUGCGUCAAAAAUGCGCUGCAGUCGAUGUGGAGCAACACAACUUUAGAGAGCACUUUCAUCAGAAAGGACCCUUCAGGUUUGACAGCAAAAAGCCCUACCAGAUAUUGGAACGCUUCAACCAGGAGAUCCAAGAGCGGGAGGCAGUGAUGGCCUCCUUGGUGGAAUCUGCCAGCUUGUUUGAGGUCAACGUCCCUGACUACAAACAGCUCCGACAAUGCCGGCAUGAAUUGGGCCUGUUGAAGGAGCUGUGGGAUUUGAUCAUGGUGGUGGAAUCUAGCAUGGCUGCAUGGACAACCACACCCUGGAGAGAGAUCCAUGUGGAGGACAUGGAACUGGAGUGCAAAUGUUUCUCUAAAGAUAUACGAUGCCUGACUAAAGAGGUCAGAGCAUGGGACGCCUUCACGGGUUUGGACAGCAAGGUAAAGAACCUUCUCAUCUCCCUGCGGGCUGUGGCAGAGCUCCAGAACCCAGCGAUACGAGACCGGCACUGGCAUCAGCUGAUGACUGCUACUGGUGUCCGCUUCACCGUGGACCAGGAGACAACUCUGGCUGACCUUCUGCAGCUAAAUCUGCAUUGCUUUGAAGAUGAGGUGAGAGAGAUUGUGGACAAGGCUGUUAAAGAGAUGGGGAUGGAGAAAGUCUUGUCUGAGCUCAACUCCACGUGGACAGAUAUGCAGUUCCAGUAUGAACCCCACCAGCGGACCGAGGUGCCUCUGCUGCGCUCAGAUGAGGAGCUGAUCGAAACCCUGGAAGACAACCAGGUCCAGCUGCAGACCCUCCUGUCUUGCAAGUACAUUGCCCACUUUCUGGAUGAAGUGUCUUCAUGGCAGAACAAGCUGUCUGUCGCUGAUUCGGUCAUCACCAUCUGGUUCGAAGUGCAGAGGGCAUGGACCCACUUGGAGAGCAUUUUCAUUGGCUCGGAGGACAUCCGCAUGCAGUUGCCUGAGGACUCAAAGCGGUUCAAAGGGAUUGAUGGUGAUUUCAGAGAGCUGGCAAAUGCAAUGCUUCAAACGCCGAACAUCAUGGAGGCCACCAAUAAACCCGGUCUUUUCAUCAAACUGGAGGACAUCCAGAGCAGGUUGUCUAUGUGUGAAAAGGCUCUGGCCGAGUACCUGGACACCAAACGUUUGGCUUUCCCUCGAUUCUACUUCAUUUCAUCAGCUGAUCUGUUAGACAUCCUCUCCAAUGGGACCAGUCCACAAAAGGUCCAGAAGCAUCUGUCCAAGCUGUUUGACAACAUGGCUAAAAUGCGAUUCGAGGCAGAUGGAGAGGGGAAUCCUUCGAAGACUGCUCUGGGCAUGUACAGCAAAGAGGAGGAGUAUGUUCCCUUUAAUCAGCCCUGUGACUGCACUGGACAGGUGGAGGUUUGGCUGAACCGUGUUCUGGAAACCAUGCGCUGCACUGUGCGCCAUGAGAUGACCGAGGCAGUGACGGCCUAUGAGGACAGACCCAGAGAACAGUGGCUGUUUGAUUAUCCAGCUCAGGUGGUCCUGACCUGCACUCAGAUCUGGUGGGCGUCUGAUGUGGGCAUGGCUUUUGCCCAUUUGGAGGAGGGCUGUGACAAGGCCAUGAAAAAGUACUACAAAAAACAGGUGUCCCAACUUAACACCCUCAUCUCUAUGCUGGUUGGCCAGCUGUCACCAGGCGAUCGACAGAAGAUCAUGACCAUCUGCACCAUUGAGGUCCAUGCAAGAGACGUGGUGGCCAAGUUGAUUACACAGAAGGUGGACAAUUCCCAAGCGUUUGUUUGGCUGUCCCAGCUGAGGCACCGAUGGGAUGAGAAGGACAGGCAUUGUUUUUCAAACAUCUGUGAUGCUCAGUUUCUCUACUCCUAUGAAUAUCUGGGCAACACACCGCGAUUAGUCAUCACUCCUCUGACAGACAGAUGCUACAUCACUCUGACACAGUCCCUCCACCUGACUAUGAGCGGAGCUCCAGCGGGGCCUGCAGGCACGGGGAAGACAGAGACAACUAAAGACCUGGGGCGUGCACUUGGCAUCAUGGUCUACGUAUUUAACUGCUCUGAGCAAAUGGACUACAAGUCCUGCGGGAACAUCUACAAAGGCUUGGCCCAGACGGGGGCAUGGGGCUGCUUUGAUGAAUUUAACAGGAUCUCGGUGGAGGUGUUGUCUGUGGUGGCUGUGCAGGUCAAGAGUAUACAAGACGCCAUCCGAGACAAGAAGCAGAAGUUUAACUUCAUGGGUGAGGAGGUCAAACUUUGUCCCUCAGUUGGCAUUUUCAUCACAAUGAAUCCAGGUUAUGCUGGACGGACAGAGCUUCCGGAGAACCUCAAGGCACUGUUCAGGCCGUGUGCCAUGGUGGUGCCGGACUUUGAGCUGAUCUGUGAAAUCAUGUUGGUGGCCGAGGGCUUUAUUAAUGCUCGCAUCCUUGCAAGAAAGUUCAUCACCCUUUACACACUGUGUAAGGAGCUGCUUUCCAAACAGGACCACUAUGACUGGGGCCUCAGAGCCAUCAAGUCAGUGCUGGUAGUAGCUGGCUCACUGAAGCGUGGCGACCCGGACCGAGCCGAGGACCAGGUCCUGAUGAGAGCUCUCAGAGACUUCAACAUCCCCAAGAUUGUGACCGAUGACAUGCCUGUGUUUAUGGGGCUGAUCGGAGACCUGUUUCCUGCCCUGGACGUCCCCAGGAAGAGAGACCCAGACUUUGAAUGCCACGUGAAGGAGGCCAUUCUGGACUUGAAACUACAGGCUGAGGACAGUUUUGUGCUGAAGGUGGUGCAGCUUGAGGAGCUCCUGGCAGUCCGCCACUCGGUGUUUGUGGUUGGUAACGCAGGCACUGGGAAGAGUCAGGUGAUGAAGUCACUCCACAGGACCUAUCAGAACAUGAAGCAUCGACCUGUGUGGGCCGACCUUAACCCAAAGGCUGUGACCAAUGACGAGCUCUUUGGCAUCAUUAAUCCAGCAACCAGAGAGUGGAAAGACGGACUGUUCUCCCAUAUAAUGCGUGAGCUGACCAAUGUGAGUCACAGUGGGCCAAAGUGGAUCGUUUUGGAUGGGGACAUUGACCCAAUGUGGAUUGAGUCACUUAACACAGUCAUGGAUGACAACAAGGUGCUGACUCUGGCCAGUAAUGAGCGUAUUCCUCUAAACCCAACUAUGAGACUUGUGUUUGAGAUAAGCCACCUUCACACUGCUACCCCCGCUACUGUAUCUCGAGCAGGCAUUCUGUACAUAAACCCAGCUGAUCUCGGGUGGAACGCGCCAGUAUCCAGCUGGAUUGACAGGAGAGAGGUUCAGUCGGAGAAAGCCAACCUGACCAUACUUUUUGACAAGUACCUGCCCUCUUGCUUGGAUGCUAUCAGGUCAAGGUUUAAGAAGAUCAUCCCCAUCCCUGAGCAGAGUACUGUCCAGAUGCUGUGUUACUUGCUGGAGUGUCUACUGACUCCAGAAAAUACCCCACCGGACUGCGCUAAAGAACUUUACGAGCUGUACUUUGUCUUUGCUGCUGUCUGGGCCUUUGGGGGAGCCAUGUUCCAGGACCAGCUGCUCGACUACAGAGUGGAGUUCAGCAAGUGGUGGGUGGCAGAGUUCAAAAGCAUCAAGUUCCCUUCCCAGGAUACUGUGUUUGAUUACUACAUUGACCCCGAAAGCAAGAAGUUUGAACCCUGGUCCAAAAUGGUCCCAAAGUUUCAGAUGGAUACAGACACACCGCUUCAGGCAUGUCUGGUACACACCACAGAGACCGUACGGAUCCGAUACUUCAUGGAUCGCCUCUUGGAGCAUCAAAGACCUGUCAUGUUGGUUGGGAAUGCUGGGAAUGGGAAGUCUGUCCUAGUUGGGGACAAACUGAGAUCACUGGAUACAGAUAAAUACGUGAUAAAAAAUGUCCCGUUUAAUUACUACACAACCUCUGCUAUGCUGCAAGCUGUGCUAGAAAAGCCCUUGGAGAAGAAAGCAGGUCGCAACUAUGGACCUCCCGGCAACAGGAGACUGAUCUACUUCAUAGAUGACUUGAACAUGCCGGAGGUGGACACGUACGGCACGGUCCAACCUCACACGCUCAUACGCCAGCACAUGGACUAUAACCACUGGUACGACCGGAAUAAGCUGCUUCUGAAGGAAAUACACAAUGUUCAAUACGUGUCCUGCAUGAACCCCACAUCUGGCAGUUUCACCAUCAAUCCACGUUUGCAGCGGCACUUCUGCGUCUUUGCGCUGUCUUUUCCCGGAGCUGAGGCCCUGAGCACCAUCUACACUUCCAUUCUGAUGCAGCACCUGAUGCCUGAAGGUUUCAGCACCGCACUGCAGAAGACCUGCAGCGCCCUGGUCCAGUUAGCUCUAGCACUACACCAACAGGUCUCAUCCAGCUUUUUGCCCACUGCAGUCAAGUUCCACUACAUAUUCAACCUGCGGGAUCUCUCCAACAUAUUCCAGGGCAUUCUGUUUUGCACCAGCGAGUGUCUGAAAACCCCUACGGACCUGCUGAAAGUCUACCUGCACGAGUCCAGCCGGGUCUACAGAGACAAGCUGGUAGAGGAGCAAGACUUCCAGGCCUUUGAUAAGCUGCAGGCGGACACAGCGAAAAAGUUCUUCGAGGACAUGGAGGAGACUCUGGAUCAAGCCAAAGAGAUGAACCUGUUCUGCCACUUUGCCUGUGGGCUUGGAGAGUCGCACUAUAUGGCUGUGGAGUCGUGGAGCAGCCUCAACAAAACCCUGCUGGAGCUGCUGGACUCCUACAAUGAGGUCAAUGCCACACUAAACCUGGUGCUGUUUGAGGACGCCAUGGCUCACAUCUGUCGUAUAAACCGAAUCCUGGAGUCUCCGCGGGGAAAUGCGCUGCUGGUCGGAGUGGGCGGCAGCGGCAAGCAGAGUCUGACCCGACUGGCUGCCUUCAUCUCCAAUCUGGAGGUUUUCCAGAUCACCUUGAGAAAAGGCUAUGGUAUUACCGACCUCAAGGGUGACCUGGCAUCCCUCUACAUCAAAGCUGGCGUGAAGAAUAUUGGCACUGUGCUCUUAAUGACUGACGCCCAAGUAGCAGACGAGAAGUUCCUCGUUCUGGUCAACGAUCUGUUGGCUUCGGGAGAGAUUCCGGACCUCUUUCCAGAUGACGAGGUGGAGACCAUCAUUGGCAGCAUGAGGGCAGAGGUCCGAGGCCUGGGAUUGAUGGAUACAAGGGAAAGCUGCUGGAAGUUCUUCAUCGAUCGGGUUCGGAGACAGCUCAAGGUGGUGCUGUGUUUCUCUCCCGUCGGCAGCAAACUCAGGAUUCGCAGCAGGAAGUUUCCUGCAUUGGUCAACUGCACAGCCAUCGACUGGUUCCACGAGUGGCCACAGGAGGCGCUGGAGUCAGUCAGCCUCAGGUUCAUCCAGGAGGUGGAAAAUAUCGAACCCCAAGUGAAGGAGUCAGUCAGUAAAUUCAUGGCAUACAUCCACAUGACUGUCAAUCAAACAUCCAAGGAGUACCUGGCCAAUGAGCGGCGCUACAACUACACCACGCCCAAGUCGUUCCUGGAGCAGAUCAAACUCUAUCGCAGCCUGCUGGGCCAGAAGAGUAAAGACCUCAUCAGCAAGAUGGAGCGGCUGGAGAAUGGACUGCAGAAGCUCAGCAGCACCUCUGCUCAGGUGGAUGAUCUUAAGGCCAAGCUGGCUGCCCAAGAAGUGGAACUGAAACAGAAGAAUGAGGCUGCAGACAAACUGAUACAGGUGGUUGGGGUAGAAACUGAGAAGGUGUCAAACGAGAAGGCAGUGGCUGAUGAAGAAGAGAAAAAGGUGGCAGCUAUCGCUUUGGUGGUGAAAGGCAAACAGAGCGACUGUGAGGAGGACUUGGUCAAGGCUGAACCGGCUCUGGUGGCAGCUCAGGAGGCUCUCAACACUCUCAAUAAGAAGAACCUGACAGAGUUAAAGUCGUUCCCCUCACCGGUGGAAGAGGUGAGCAACGUGACUGCAGCAGUCAUGGUCCUGACGGCGCCGCGUGGCCGAGUCCCGAAGGACCGCAGCUGGAAGGCUGCGAAGGUGAUGAUGGCUAAAGUGGACUCAUUCCUGGACUCCCUGAUAAACUUCAACAAGGAGAGAAUCCCCGAGGAUUGUCUCAAAGCUAUUCAGCCUUACCUGCAGAAUCCUCAGUUCCAGCCAGAUAUUGUGGGCUCUAGGUCGCUCGCGGCCGCUGGUCUGUGCUCUUGGGUUAUAAACAUUGUCAAGUACUAUGAAAUUUACUGCGAGGUGGAGCCCAAGCGUCAGGCUCUGAAGGAAGCCAAUGCUGAGCUUGCUGCCGCACAGGAGAAACUUUUCGCCAUCAAAAGCAAGAUCAAUUACCUUAAUGAGAACCUGGCCAAGCUAACAGCCCAGUUUAAGAAAGCCACUGCAGACAAGCUCAAGUGCCAGCAGGAAGCGGAGUCGACCGCACACACCAUUUCUCUGGCCAACCGCCUGGUGAGUGGUCUGGCAUCAGAGAAUGUUCGCUGGGCGGAGGCUGUAGAUGCGUUUAAGAAACAGGAGAGCACUCUGGGUGGGGAUGUCCUCCUCAUCACCGCCUUCAUCUCCUACCUGGGAUAUUUCACCAAACGCUACAGAGAGCAGCUUAUGGACGACACCUGGAGACCUUUCCUCAAUCAGCUGAAAGUUCCGAUCCCGAUCACACCUGACCUGGACCCUUUGACCAUGAUGACUGAUGAUGCCGACAUUGCAACGUGGCAGAACGAGGGGCUCCCUGCUGACAGGAUGUCCACUGAGAAUGCCACCAUUCUCACUUCCUGCCAGCGCUGGCCCCUCAUGGUGGACCCUCAGCUGCAAGGCAUCAAGUGGAUUAAAAACAAAUAUGGAGACGACCUGCGUAUCAUUCAUAUUGGAAAGCGAGGGUACCUGGAUGCUAUAGAGAGAGCGCUGGCAGCAGGUGAUGUGGUCCUAAUAGAGAACUUGGAGGAAACACUGGAUCCCGUGCUUGGACCUCUGCUGAGUGGAGAAACCAUUAAGAAGGGCAGGUACAUCAAGAUUGGUGACAAGGAGUGCGAGUACAACCCUAACUUCCGUCUCAUUCUGCACACCAAGCUAGCCAACCCACACUAUCAGCCGGAGCUGCAAGCCCAGUGCACCCUGAUAAACUUCACUGUGACCAGAGAUGGUCUGGAGGACCAGCUGCUGGCUGCUGUGGUCAGCAUGGAAAGACCUGACCUGGAACAACUGAAGUCGGACUUGACAAAGCAACAGAACGGCUUUAAGAUCACCCUGAAGACGCUGGAGGACAACCUGCUGUCCCAUUUGUCUUCAGCUUCAGGAAACUUCCUGGAUGACACGGAGCUGGUGGAAAACUUGGAGACAACGAAGCGCACUGCUGCAGAGAUCAAGGAGAAGGUAAAAGAAGCCAAAGUGACGGAGGCCAAAAUCAAUGAGGCUCGGGAGCACUACCGACCGGCAGCAGCUCGGGCUUCCUUAAUGUACUUCAUAAUGAACGACCUCAAUAAAAUCCACCCCAUGUACCAGUUCUCUCUCAAGGCGUUCAGUGUGGUCUUCCAGAAAGCGGUUCUGAAGGCCGAACUGGACGAUACUCUCGCGCAGCGGGUGUCCAACCUAAUUGACAGCAUCACCUACUCAGUCUUUCAGUACACCACAAGAGGCCUAUUUGAGUGCGACAAGCUCACGUACAUCGCUCAGCUCGUCUUCCAGAUAUUACUGAUGAGUAAAGAAAUAAACCCCAUGGAGUUGGACUUCCUUCUGAGAUACCCAGUUCAACCGGGCUUAAUAUCACCAGUGAGUUUUCUGUCCAACCACUCCUGGGGAGGAAUCAAGUCCCUGUGCUCCAUGGAAGAGUUCAGGAACCUGGACCAAGACAUUGAAGGUUCAGCCAAACGUUGGAAAAGGUUUGUGGAGUCUGAGUGUCCAGAGAAGGAGAAAUUCCCUCAAGAGUGGAAAAAUAAAUCAUCACUCCAGAGGUUGUGCAUGAUGAGGGCUCUGAGGCCGGACCGCAUGACGUACGCCAUCAGAGACUUUGUGGAGGAAAAACUGGGCACCAAGUACGUGACUGGAAGGUCACUGGACUUUGCCGUGUCCUUUGAAGAGUCGGGUCCAGCUACACCCGUGUUCUUCAUCCUGUCUCCUGGUGUUGACCCUUUGAAGGAUGUGGAGAAACAUGGAAAGAAGCUGGGUUACACAUAUGACAACAAGAACUUCCACAAUGUCUCCUUGGGUCAGGGUCAGGAAGUCGUAGCUGAACAAGCCCUUGACUUGGCUGCUAAGGAUGGCCAUUGGGUCAUAUUACAGAACAUCCAUUUGGUGGCGCGCUGGCUGGAUACCCUAGAAAAACAUCUGGAGCAGCUCUGUGAAGGAAGCCAUGAAAACUUCAGGGUGUUUGUCAGUGCUGAGCCCUCCUCCACCCCUGGGGGACACAUCAUCCCACAGGGAAUCCUGGAAAACUCCAUCAAGAUCACCAACGAGCCACCUACAGGCAUGCAUGCCAACCUGCACAAAGCCCUGGACAACUUCAACCAGGACACUCUGGAAAUGUGUGCACGAGAGAUGGAGUUUAAGAGUAUCUGGUUUGCCCUGUGCUACUUCCAUGCGGUGGUAGCAGAAAGGAGGAAGUUUGGUCCUCAGGGCUGGAACAGAUUGUACCCCUUCAACACCGGAGACCUGACCAUUUCUGCCAACGUCCUCUACAACUACCUGGAAGCCAAUCCCAAGGUGCCGUAUGAUGAUCUGCGCUACCUGUUUGGGGAAAUCAUGUAUGGAGGUCACAUCACAGACGACUGGGAUCGCCGUCUGUGCCAGACUUACCUGGAGGAGUUUAUCAAGCCUGAGAUGAUGGAGGGAGAGCUGUGCCUGGCACCCGGCUUCCCGUUGCCUGGAAACAUGGACUAUAACAGCUACCACCAGUAUGUAGAUGACACCCUGCCGGCAGAGUCGCCCUACUUGUAUGGCCUUCACCCCAAUGCUGAGAUCGGUUUCCUCACACAAACUUCUGAGAAGCUUUUCCGCACAGUGCUGGAGAUGCAGCCCAGGGAUGGAGGAGUCGGCGAGGGAGGUGGAAUGACACAUGAGGAGAAGGUGUGUGCCAUACUGGAGUUAAUCACAGAGAAACUACCAGAGGAGUUCAACAUGGCUGAGCUGCUCACAAAGGCAGAGGAGAGGACUCCGUACCAGGUGGUGGCGCUACAGGAGUGUGAGCGAAUGAAUAUCCUUACUCAGGAGAUCAGGCGUUCCCUCCAUGAGCUCAGCCUCGGACUCAAGGGAGAAUUAACUAUGACCAGUGACAUGGAGAACCUCCAGAACUCCAUUUUCCUGGACCUGGUACCAGAAACGUGGAGUAAGCUGGCUUACCCGUCCAUGUCCAGUCUGUCUGUAUGGUUUACAGACCUUCUGGCCCGGAUCAAGCAGCUGGAUGUGUGGACGACAGACUUCGUCUUGCCCUCUGUGGUGUGGCUGACUGGCUUCAUCAACCCUCAGUCCUUCCUGACAGCCAUCAUGCAGACAACGGCACGAAGGAACGAGUGGCCUCUGGACAGGAUGUGUCUGCAGUGCAACGUUACCAAAAAAAAUCUAGAAGACUUUAGUUCUCCACCUCGCGAGGGGGCCUAUGUUCAUGGCCUCUACAUGGAGGGUGCACGCUGGGACACGCAGAGAGGUAUGAUUGUAGACGCCCGGCUCAAGGAGCUCACCCCGGCCAUGCCAGUUAUUUUUAUCAAGGCCAUCCCUGUGGACAAAAAAGAGCACAAAAACAUCUACCCAUGUCCUGUCUACAAGACCCAGCAGAGAGGACCGACAUAUGUUUGGACAUUUGACCUCAACACAAAAGAAAACCCGUCCAAGUGGGUCGUGGCUGGGGUGGCCCUGCUGCUGAAUGUUUAAAUGUUUCGUUGUGAGUGUGGUUCAGGUUCCUGUUCUGAAUGAGAAAGUUUGAA